GAGAGGACCGUGGUGGGGUUCGAGCUGCGCGGCCUCGGCAGCUGCGGGAGACGGAAGUGGUGAGAGCGCUGCUUUGGAGGGUCGGGCGGACACCGCCUGGUGACAAGCAGGAAGCCAGGACCCUCACCAAAGUAGAAUGGGUGAGGAGGGGCCCCCCAGCCUGGAGUAUAUCCAAGCCAAGGAUCUGUUCCCCCCCAAGGAACUGGUGAAGGAGGAGGAGAAUCUUCAGGUCCCCUUCACAGUGCUGCAGGGUGAGGGAGUGGAGUUCCUGGGCCGGGCAGCCGAUGCCCUCAUUGCCAUCUCCAACUACAGGCUACAUAUCAAGUUCAAAGACUCUGUCAUCAACGUACCCCUCCGGAUGAUUGACAGUGUAGAGAGCCGUGAUAUGUUUCAGUUGCACAUUGCCUGCAAGGACUCCAAAGUGGUGAGGUGCCACUUCUCCACUUUCAAGCAGUGCCAAGAGUGGCUCUCAAGGCUAAGCCGGGCCACAGCAAGACCUGCCAAGCCCGAGGAUCUCUUUGCCUUUGCCUACCAUGCCUGGUGCCUGGGGCUGACUGAGGAGGAUCAGCAUACCCACCUGUGUCAGCCAGGAGAGCACAUCCGAUGUCGGCAGGAGGCAGAGCUCGCAAGGAUGGGCUUUGACCUGCAGAAUGUCUGGAGAGUCUCACAUAUCAACAGCAACUACAAGUUGUGUCCCAGUUAUCCCCAGAAGCUGUUGGUUCCUGUGUGGAUCACAGAUAAAGAGCUGGAGAAUGUGGCUUCUUUCCGCUCUUGGAAGCGUAUCCCUGUUGUUGUGUAUAGACACCUGCGCAACGGAGCUGCCAUUGCCCGCUGUAGCCAGCCUGAGAUCAGUUGGUGGGGCUGGCGCAAUGCUGAUGAUGAAUACCUGGUCACGUCCAUUGCCAAAGCCUGUGCCCUGGACCCAGGGACAAGGGCAAGUGGGGGCUCCCUCAGCAACGGGAAUAAUGACACCAGUGAAGCCUGUGACACUGACUUUGAUUCUUCUCUGACUGCAUGCUCUGGGGUGGAGAGUACAGCCGCUCCUCAAAAACUGCUGAUCCUGGAUGCACGAUCCUACACAGCAGCAGUGGCUAACCGGGCCAAGGGUGGAGGCUGUGAGUGUGAAGAGUACUACCCCAACUGUGAAGUCGUGUUUAUGGGAAUGGCCAACAUCCAUGCUAUCCGGAACAGUUUCCAGUAUCUACGGGCUGUGUGUAGCCAGAUGCCAGAUCCCAGCAACUGGUUGUCGGCACUGGAGAGUACCAAGUGGCUGCAGCACCUGUCAGUGAUGCUGAAAGCAGCUGUGCUGGUGGCGAACACCGUAGACCGGGAAGGACGGCCCGUGCUGGUGCACUGCUCAGAUGGCUGGGACCGCACUCCACAGAUUGUAGCUCUGGCCAAAAUCUUACUGGACCCAUACUACAGGACAUUGGAGGGCUUCCAAGUGUUAGUGGAGUCUGACUGGCUGGAUUUUGGGCACAAGUUUGGAGAUCGCUGUGGCCACCAGGAAAAUGCAGAGGACCAAAAUGAACAAUGCCCUGUGUUCCUUCAGUGGCUUGAUUCUGUCCAUCAGUUGCUUAAGCAGUUCCCCUGCCUAUUUGAAUUUAAUGAGGCAUUUCUGGUCAAACUGGUGCAGCACACGUACUCCUGCCUGUAUGGCACAUUCUUGGCCAACAACCCCUGUGAGCGAGAGAAGCGCAACAUCUACAAGCGGACAUGCUCUGUGUGGGCACUCCUGCGAGCUGGCAACAAGAACUUCCAUAACUUCCUCUAUACUCCCGGUUCAGACAUGGUCCUGCAUCCUGUUUGUCAUGUCCGGGCAUUGCACCUCUGGACAGCUGUGUAUCUGCCUGCGUCAUCUCCAUGCACACUUGGAGAAGAAAGUGUGGACCUUUACCUCUCUCCGGUGACCCAGAGCCAGGAAUUCUCUGGCCGCUCUCUGGACAGGUUACCAAAAACCAGAUCCAUGGAUGAUCUUCUUUCUGCCUGUGACACAAGCAGCCCUCUGACUCGUACAUCCAGUGACCCUAACCUGAACAACCACUGUCAGGAGGUCAGAGUCAACCUGGAGCCCUGGCACAGCAAUCCCGAGGGAGCAGAGAUGACAGUCUUCUUAGAAUCUGGGGUAGCAGGUCCGCAGCAGGCUGGAGAAGUGGGUCUUCCUCCCCCUCUGCCCAGCAGCCAGAAAGACUACUUGAGCAAUAAACCUUUCAAGGGUCACAAAAGUUGUUCUCUCAGUUAUAAACUACUUACCGCUGCUGUGUCCCAUGACGUGAAGAGCAACACCUCGAAUCCUGAGAGCAGACUCCUAGAAGGGACUGAGACACCAUCCCCAAACCCUCCUGCGCAAGAGGAGCCGAGUAGGACUUGCGAUGGCUCAGGCAAGUCACCUGAACAGUGUCCUGAAACAGAAGAAGUCGUUGCACUCUCAAACGCCAUUUCUAGCAAGUGUGAUGGAGCUUGUGAUUUUCCCAAGUUUUCCCAGGAUCCCCCUCCAGGUGUCCCCCAACCAGCCCUGCUAGACUCCAUGCUGACUGUGCCCCCCAGGUGUGCUCUGGAGCAAAGUCCAGACAACCUUUACAACCCACUGAGUGCUGUCUGCCAAACUCCUCAAGAGCCAAGUGCCGACCACCUCAGCCAGGAUCCUCCAGGGUCUAUUGUAAGCAUCUCCCACCAGGAACAACCCAGCUCUGUGCCAGAUCUGGUCCAUAAAGAGGAAGACACUGGCAAGAGAGGAAAUAAGAACGGGCAUUUACUGGAAAAUCCUCGCUUUGGGAAAAUGCCCUUGGAGUUGGCCCGAAAGCCAAUUUCUCAGAGCCAGAUCAGUGAGUUCUCUUUUCUAGGGUCCAACUGGGACAGCUUCCAAGGGAUGAUGACUUCAUUGCCGAGUGGGGAAACUACCCCCCGGAGGCUGCUUUCUUAUGGUUGUUGUAGCAAGAGGCCAAACAGUAAACAGAUGCGGGCCACAGGGCCUUGUUUUGGGGGCCAGUGGGCUCAGAGAGAAGGUAUGAAGUCCCCUGUCUGUUCUAGUCAUUCCAAUGGACAUUGUACUGGCCCCGGAGGAAAAAACAACCGGAUGUGGUUGUCCAGUCACCCAAAACAAAUCUCCAGCACAAAGCCUGUUCCUCUGAGUUGCCCUUCUCCAGUGCCUCCUUUCUACUUGGAUGAUGAUGGACUCCCCUUUCCCACGGAUGUGAUACAGCAUAGGUUACGUCAGAUUGAAGCAGGGUACAAGCAAGAGGUAGAGCAGCUACGUCGACAGGUGCGGGAGCUUCAGAUGAGGCUGGAUAUCCGCCACUGCUGUGCCCCGCCAGCAGAGCCCCCCAUGGACUACGAGGAUGAUUUCACGUGUCUGAAGGAGUCGGAUGACAGUGACACUGAGGAUUUUGGCUCUGAUCACAGUGAAGACUGCCUUUCAGAAGCAAGCUGGGAACCUGUUGAUAAGAAGGAAACUGAGGUGACUCGCUGGGUUCCAGACCAUAUGGCAUCACACUGCUAUAACUGUGACUGUGAAUUCUGGUUGGCCAAACGAAGACACCAUUGUAGAAAUUGUGGAAAUGUAUUUUGUGCUGGAUGCUGCCACCUGAAGCUGCCCAUUCCUGAUCAACAACUCUAUGACCCAGUGCUUGUCUGUAACUCAUGUUACGAACACAUUCAAGUUUCUCGUGCCAGGGAACUCAUGAGCCAACAUCUGAAGAAACCCAUUGCCACAGCUUCCAGUUGAAUGCCAGAGGAGAUGAUCUGUCCAUUUUUAGCAGGUUUGACGGGAAGAUCUGCUUCAGGUGUAGACUGGAAGGUUCCUUGGUAUGGCUUAUGAAAUCACAGAGCUCAAAGAUAACAUCUUGAGAAAUCCUCCUUGGUACCAUGUGACUGAAGCAGAGGAAUUUGAAUUUGGCAGGAGGUUUUCUACUGGAGAGAUGCUCACUUUGGGUAACGGUCUUGAUUCAGACCCAGAGUCUGGAAGCUUAAUGCUGAGUUGGUGACUCCAGCUUCUUUGUCCUAGGGGUCAUGAGAUGUUGAUUUCAUAGAUACUGCCUGGUGCAAAGUGUCCAAACAGCAAUAGAAAGGCAUCUGUAUAACCAAACUCAAGUGAUAACCAGGCCCAUCUCUCCUCCACCUUGAAAAAAAGCAGAUUAUAGUAUAAAAGAUAGGACUUCCUAUCCUAUUUGAGAUGAACUCUAUUCUGUCCGUACCUCUGUGCUCUGUGUCUGCAUGAAGGCUCAGUCUUGUAGAGGCACUCCCUCUAGUCACAUUAUACUGUCUUCUGUGGAGUUUGGUUCCAUGGUUUGGCAAGCGGAGGUUGUGAUGGACUUUCCACCUGGCUCAGCAGCCAGCAUCUGCAAGUAUCCAGAGUAGGAGGACAGUGCAAAGAAGUGAGACAUUUUGGGGAGCAGAAGAAAACUGAUGAUGUUUAGUCUUGGCAAAAAUCAGUUAUUUUGAGCUGUGAAGGUAGUUGUCACUCUAUUACUCAGUGGCAGCUCUUGAGGUAUGCACUGUGAAGCAUGAGAAAGGAAAAGCAAAAAUGAUUCUUAUGAAUUAUCUGCUGAUUGUGCCCCACCCUUUGCGCCUGACCUUUCCUAGUUGUCCUGGUGCUAACAUGGGAGCUACACCUUGAUCCUCUCCUGGCAUGAAAAUAAAACUAAGGUUUUUGUUGUUCCAUCACCCACUUCCCCCAUGUUGUCUUUCCCCUUGGCUGCUGCCUCCUCUGGGUCACACUGCUUCUUAUCCUGAACACUUGACACCUCGAGGGUAGAAUUAGCAUUUGGUUUUUACCUCCUAGCGUAUGCUGUUUGGUAUGUGAGGGUUUCAGUACAAAUGCUGCUGUCUAUUUCUGUGCACUUAACAAUGGAACCCAAACAAGAGAAGAAAGCCUUGAUACCAAAAUUGGGAGAGAUGAUGUGUCCAUUUGGACCAAACAUUUUUUGUUUGUUUGUUUUGAUUUUGUUUUUUUUCAUCUUAAUAUGUACCAGUGGCACUUAACCAAAAGAUACAGUGAUAUAGACAUGUACUGUGGUUGGGACAGAUACUGUCUCCUUGGCCUGCAAGGAAAGCACUAAGAUUUCCUUUACACGUUUUCCUUUAUUCAUUCAUGUAAAAGAUAAAUUCCACUUAGGCUUCUCCUGUUUUAAAACCAUGCCAGUUGUCUUUCUCACUGCUGCUGUCAUGUUGCUUUCUAGAAAAAAAUUUUUUUUUUCCAUUCAAAAAUAAUCUACAUUUAGAACAAGGAUUAUUGUUCUGACCUUUUCUUCAGUCUUACAGAGAAGCAUCUAUGCUCCUUUUACACUUGCUAUGGAUGUAACCUAAAAAGUUUUGGCAUAUUUAGGUCAGCCAAGCAGAACUCCUCUCCCUCCCCCAUUUGAAUGGACCUGAAUAAUGGAGAUUUUGUGUCUGAGAAAUUCUGAGAUCAAUGAAAAAGUAACAAGCUAUUUCUUGUCUCUGAUACAUAAAAUUCUUUUAAGUAUUUUCUCGAUCAUUAAAAUUUACUGCUAGUCAUGAAUGUUUUUUUUUUUUUUUUAAUUAAUUCUCAUUGCACUUCACUCUGCCUGUUUACAGGGGGAUUGGUAACAUUCGGGGAGACUGUAUCUGUCUGCUUUUGAGGGACUAUCCCAUCAGUGAACAAACUGCAUGGCCUUGGGAAAGACCCUGGGCUAUUGGCUCAGAUGUGUUCAUCAAAUACUCCUUUCAGAGCUGUUGUGGGUGUAAGUGACAUGAUGUGGCCAAAAAUCCAAACUGUGCAGUUGCGUUGUGACAAACAUGCAAUGUGCUGUAAAAACUCAAUACAGUUUAAAUAAAAUCUCUAUAUUAGU